AAGCCUGAAGCUAUGACAUCCCCAAGGAGCAGCACUUUGUGCUUCCUGCUUAUUGUGAUUCAUUCUUCCCAAGCUACACUGAACUUGAAUUUAGAGCCUAUUGUUUUCCCUUUGAUGUUCCAUGGACAAGAACCAGCAGUGGAAAAGCCUCUAAGACAAAGACGAGCAGUUGCCACAAAUGGCCCUGAAGCUGAGGACUAUACUGUGGAUAUAGAGAUAAGCUUUGAAAAUGCAUCCUUCCUGGAGCCUAUCAAAGCUUACUUGAACAACCUCAGUUUUCCAGUUCUAAGAAACGACACUGACCAAGUUACUAACAUUUUAAGCAUCGCAGUGACAACAGUAUGCAGACCUGCUGGAAAUGAAGUCUGGUGCUCAUGUGAAGCAGGCUAUGAGUGGCCUCAGGAACAGUGUCUCCACAAUCUCACUUGUCAUGGGCAUGACAGCUCCCUCUCAGGACGCCAUUGUAACUGCCUUAAACAGCUGCCUCCUAAGGGACCUUUUUGCCAGCUCCAGAAAGAUGUUACCCUGAGGAUGUCAGUCAGACUCAAUGUGGACUUUCCAGAAGAUCUCAAGAACUCUUCUUCCGCCCUCUAUAGAUCCUACAAGACCGACUUGGAAAUGGCAUUCUUGAAAGGUUACAGCAUUUUAUUAGGCUUCAAAUCAGUGACCGUAACAGGCUUCAGAUGGAUAGAGACCACUUAUGAAACUAAGUUUUCUGUCAUACCAGAAGUCAUCUUUGAAGGGGAUACAGUCGUUCUGAUGUGUGAAAACGAAGUUUUAUCUUCCAAUGUGUCUUGGUAUCAUGUCGAAAGGCACACUGACAUUCAGAACGGCAGCAGAUUCUCGGUUUACACCUCGGUGCUCAACAACAUGACUUCAGUGUCGCGCCUCACCAUUCACAAUGCCACUCAUGGGGAUUCCGGUGAAUAUAUUUGCAAACUCACACUAGAUAUUUUUGAAUAUGAGGCCAGGAAAACAAUCAAUGUUACUCUCAUCAGAAUUUCGACAAGUGAAGACAUGAAGGUGGUAUGUGAUAAUAAUCUUGUAUCUCUGAGAUGCUGCAGUGAGAAUUUUAAUUGGAGUAACAUAUUAUGGAAGCACGAGGGCAAGAUAACCAUUCCAGGAACCUCUGAGACAGACCCAGAGAUCGGUUGUAGAAGAUACACCAUUCAAGCUGAUGGAACCCAAUGCCCAAGUGGGUCAUCUGGAACCAAAGUUGUCUACACAUGUGAGUUCAUCGGCACCCAUGGAGCCAGAGGCAGUAAGAACAUAGAAGUGACUUUCACCUCUGUGGCCAACCUAACAAUAAUACCGGACUCAAUUUCUGUUUCUGAGGGACAAAGCUUUUCUAUAAAAUGCCUCAGUGAUGUGAGUAGCUAUGAUGAGGUGUACUGGAAUACUUCUGCUGGAAUUAAAAUAUAUAAAAGGUUUUAUACUAUGAGGAAAUGGCUUGAUGGAGCAGAGUCAAUACUGACAGUCAAGACUUCGACAAGGGAGUGGAAUGGAACCUACCACUGUAUAUUUAGAUAUAAAAAUUCAUAUAGUAUUGCAACCGCAGAUGUCAUGGUUCACCCGCUGCCUUUACAGUCGAACAUCAUGAUUGAUCCUUUGGAUGCUGCGGCUCCAUGCAACAGUUCCUACAGCUUCAGGUGCUGCAUAAGGAAGGAUGAAGACUACAUAGUUACUUUCCAAAUGGAUUCCUUUUUCUUUCCUGCUGCAAAAGAAGUUAAUGGAAAGCAAGUCUGCUAUACAUACAAACACAAUUUCAUGGGAAACUCAGCUUCCUCGUGUCCAAAAGAUGUGGAGAUGUUUUGUCACUUUACCAAUGCUGUCAAUUAUUCAGUCCAGAGUCCAUCUAUGAAGCUUACUCUAGUUCCUGGGGAGAACAUCACAUGCCAAGAUCAGAUAAUAGGUGUCGGGGAGCCGGGGAAAGUCAUCCAGAAACUAUGCCAAUUUUCAACUGUUCCCAAAAGCUCUGGCAGUCCCAUUGGUGGGAUCAUCACUUACAAAUGUGAAGGCUCUCGGUGGACAGUGAAGAGGAACGACUGUAUCUCUGCCCCCAUAAACAACCUGCUCCACUGGGCCAAGGCUUUGAUCAAGAGUCCCUCCCAAGAUGAGAAGCUCCCUACGUAUCUUCAUAAUCUAUCAAUUAGCACAGGCAAGGUGGAACAUGAAAUCAGCUCUUCCCCGGGUAACCUAGGAGCCAUUAUUAGCAUCCUUGAUUUACUCUCAACAGUUCCAACCACAAUGAAUUCAGAAAUGAUGAUGCAUGUUCUCUCUACGGUUAAUGUCAUUCUUGGAAAGCCUUCCCUGAGUACCUGGAAGAUUUUACAACAGCAACGGAAUAAUGAGAGUUCGCGGCUACUGGACUCAGUGGAGAGGUUUUCUCGAACUUUGCAUUCAGCAGACAGCGCUGUUUUGUCCAUCUCCCAAACUAAUGUGCAGAUGAGGGGCAUGGUAAUCAAAACGGGCCACCCCAAAAACUACCAGCAGGACUUUGUUUUCUCAGACACGGACCUCUGGGGCGACGUGGUCGUUGAUGAGUCCCAACUGGAAAGCUUGCAGCCAGAUUCAUCUAUUGUCACGGUGGCUUUCCCAACUCUCAAAACCAUUCUUGCUCAGGAUGUUCAGUCAAAGAAUUUUGCACAAAGCUUAGUGAUGACAACCACUGUCAGUUCCCAUAUGACCAUGUCAUUCAGGAUUUCGAUGACUUUUAAGAACAAAGACCUCUCAGGUGGGGUGCCACGAUGUGUCUUCUGGAACUUCAGCCUCGCCAAUUACACAGGGGGGUGGGACAGUAAUGGGUGCUAUGUUAAAGAAGUCCGUGGGGACAAUGUUUCCUGUGCCUGUGACCACCUAACAUCGUUCUCCAUCCUCAUGUCUCCGGACUCCCCAGACCCUGGUUCUCUCCUGAAAAUACUACUGGAUAUCAUUUCCUACAUUGGGUUGGGCUUUUCCAUAUUGAGCUUAGCAGCCUGUCUGGUGGUAGAAGCUAUGGUCUGGAAAUCGGUGACGAAGAACCGGACUUCCUAUAUGCGCCAUAUUUGCAUCGUGAACAUUGCCGCCUCCCUUCUGGUUGCUGACACCUGGUUCAUUGUUGCUGCUGCUAUCCACGAUCAUCACUAUCCGCUUAAUGAAACUGCCUGUGUGGCCGCCACCUUCUUCAUCCACUUCUUCUACCUCAGCGUCUUCUUCUGGAUGCUGACGCUAGGCCUCAUGCUCUUCUACCGUCUGGUUUUUAUUCUGCACGACACGAGCAAGUCCAUCCAGAAAGCCAUCGCUUUCUCUCUUGGCUAUGGCUGCCCCCUUGUCAUCUCAGUCAUCACGGUGGGGGCCACCCAGCCUCAGGAAGUCUACACGAGGAAGAAUGCCUGUUGGCUUAACUGGGAGGAUACCAAGGCUUUGCUGGCUUUCAUCAUCCCAGCCCUGAUCAUUGUGGUGGUGAAUGUGACCAUCACAGUGGUGGUCAUCACCAAGAUCCUGAGACCUUCUAUUGGAGACAAGCCAAGUAAGCAGGAGAAGAGCAGCCUGUUUCAGAUCAGCAAGAGCAUUGGGGUCCUCACGCCACUCUUGGGGCUCACCUGGGGUUUUGGUCUCGCCACCGUGUUCCAGGGUAGCAAUGCUGUGUUCCAUAUCGUGUUUACCCUCCUCAAUGCCUUCCAGGGAUUGUUCAUUUUACUGUUUGGAUGUCUCUGGGAUCAGAAGGUACAGGAAGCUUUGCUGAAUAAGUUUUCCUUGUCAAAAUGGUCUUCACAGCACUCAAAGUCUACAUCCCUAGGUUCAUCCACACCUGUAUUUUCUAUGAGCUCUCCAAUAUCAAGAAGAUUUAAUAAUCUGUUUGGUAAAACAGGAACAUACAAUGUUUCUACCCCAGAAACCACCAGCUCAUCCUUGGAAAACUCAUCUAGUGCUUACUCGUUACUCAACUAA